AUGGUGGAACUUUUCGGAGUCACCAAAGAGUGCCUUUCAGAGAUUUUCAGCUUGAUCUACUCUCACCUGCACCUCUCAGGAUGUCCCACGCAUUUCUGUCUUUUUCUCCUCAGACAGACAUUAGUCCUCCCUUCUUCCUUUUACACCUCUUUAAGACUUUCUACUCUAAUCAACUUGCCUGGCCCUCUCUUUCCCUCCACCCCUCUGAGAUGGAUCAGUACAGAGCUGUCUGACUUCAGUAACUCAAGGCAAGUGUGUCACCUGUCUCCUCUGUCCCCAGAAACCCACACACUCCGCUAUGACCUCAUGGCCUUGUCUCUGGAUGGGCCUGGGAAGCCCCAGUUCCUGGCCCUGGGGUACUUGGACGAUGAGCUCUUCUUGCACUAUGAUGGGGAGAGCUACAGGGCAGAGCCCUCCCCUGGGCUUGCUCUCAGGAGCAGGGGACAGCUGGGAGCUGAGGCCUGGGCCAGAGAGACUGAAGACCUGCAGGACAAGGAGCAGCAGCUCAGGAAGACUCUGGCUGAGAUCAUGGGCCAGGAGGGCCAGGAUGGGGGUCCUCCAACAGUGACUGUGACCUACAAUAAGAAGCCAGUAGGCAGGAUAAUGCUGAAGUGUAGGGCUUUUAAAUUGUAUCCUCGGAGUGCCAACCUGACCUGGCUUCAGGAUGGCGAGCCCACGCACCAGGGCACUUUUGGCUCUGGGGCCAUCUUACCCAGUGGGGAUGGCACCUACCAGACCUGGGUGGCUAUUCGGGUCCUUCCUGGAGAGGAACAGAGGUUCACCUGCCAAGUGGAAGACCACAGGGGAAAAACUACUUACACUGCAGUCUUUGGCAAGCAUCCAGGACAUCAAGACAAGCUGACUCUCAGUGCAGCCACUGCUGCUGCUCCUCUGCCUGUCUCCAUGCUUUCUGCUGUGCUGGUAUUGGUGAUCCAGGCCUAGAGGAGCGAGGACACAGAGGAGGGAAGAAGCCCAAGGGCAGGGACAGGGGGACAGUUCUGUGCUCUGUCUGGUGGUGAGUGGAGACAGUGCUCUUCUUUCCUCCAGGGGCAGCACAGGAGCAGACAAGCCCUCUGCCUGCUAGAAAAAUCACAUCCUGAAGGUGCUGGAGAGCUAGCCCAGAAAUAAGAAGACUGGGGGAGCAAGAGAGGGGAAGAGAAUCAAGCAAUUAUCUUGCCUUUCACGUAAGAUCAGUAUGUUGGAAUGUGCAAUUAGCUGGGGAGGAAGACGCGUUUGUGAAACUAGUCUAGAUUACACAGGUAGAAAGUAGCAUUACUUCAGCACCAUUUAUAACCCCAAUGAGUGGAUGGAUCCAACCAGCCACCAUCCAGGGCUUCCACUCUUGCAAUUGACAGGCUGCUGAAUGCUGGGUAUAGUGUCUCUCAGCUAAGUUUUCAGGUCACAGAAGCAGAGAACUCGUUUCAGCCUGAGGAGAAGCGAAGUCCUGAUUCCAGGAAACUGCAAGACAAGUGAUCCUGUCCCUUCACCAAACACAUGACCAGAAAGAAAACAAGCAACCAAAAGAGAUGAGCCGGGAGCCAGUGGCUUACACCUGUAAUCCCAACUACUCAGGAGGCAGAG